AUGGCGAGUGAAAACAAGGUUGCAGACACAAGGCGGAGGCUGGUGUAUCCCGUACCCCAUGCCCUCGCUAUUGGGUCAGGAAACAGCUACACACCUUACAGAGACAACGGCGGUCUACCGGCGCAAGCUCAGCAGCAGCACGUUGACGAUGAUCACGAUGAAGUGGAUGAUGACGACGAUGGUGAGGAGGAGAUGGCUGUGGACGAUGGCGAGGCGCUGGAUGCUGCAUGGACAACACAGAGUCGGCGGGUGUACGACCGCCUCAUGCAGCGCCGACUCUGGCGCGCACUCAUGUUGUACGGCCGAGAUCAGCUGCUCAUUGCACAAGCAACACAGCUGCCAUCGGUUGCACAAACAGCACCAGCUCCUCCUUUCAACGUCAUCGAGGAGCCCAUCGACGUGGGCCUGCUCAUUGACAGUUGUCCACAGCUGGGCGAGCUUCUCCUCAACAACAUUGAAGACUUCAACCGGCAUCUGACGCUGGCGCUGCGACGUGUGCUCAAAGUGCAGUUUGGACGAGAACCAGCACGCAAUGUCUUUGUGAAGGCGAUCCCCGUCAACAUGCCUCUGGUGGACGAAUGUACAAGCCUGCACAGGGGAACCGCUGCACGGUUGACGGAGGUGACGGUGACCGUAGCGGGGUUGGCAAGGCCGGAGAGCUGCUUGCAGGGAACAGCGUUCUCCUGCAAGUGCCAAGUACAGUAUCGCCUUCCGCACAUUGACGUGUUUCCGAGCCGAUUCUGCAACACAUGUCGCAGCCGCUUGCAGGAGGAUUCCACGAAGCACGUCUUUCAAGGAGCACAACUCCUGCGUGUCGUGGAUCCACAGCAGUCUACUGCACAACAUUGUCUACUCCUUGCAGGCACAUCUGUCGGAGCAGUGACACUCGGGGACACUUUGACGGUGCUUUGCCUUCGUGACAAGUUCCAGCCAGCCAUCAAGCAUGUCUACCACCUCGCCGACUUGAAUCCACCAUCGUCAAAGCCGCUGCCUUCGUGGGACCUUGCCCAUCUCCAACAGUGCAUGCUCUCCACGCCGUGGACGAUGACACUGGCACACAGCGUUGGACUGUCCCUGCUCCCAGCACACAGUGCCCUCUCUCUCAAGGUGGCACUGUUGCUGUCUCUCGUUGCUUCAAACAUGGACACGGAUUCAUCUUGUCGCGUUCAUGUCCUCUGUAUCGCAAACUGCAGCCGCAUUUGGAAAUUAGUGCAGCACAUGAGCAAGGACCUGGCGACGACCUCAUUCUCCACAGCGCAGCCAUACGUGCUCACUGCAAAAAACAUGACAGUGCCGCGCACAAGUAGCAAGGCGCCCAAUACCAAGUCUUUCCUUCACGCCGGUCCACUCUUGGCAUCACAGGUUGGCGUCACCGUUGUUUUGGAACCAGCCCAGCUUCCCCCAAAGCAGAGAAGCGACCUGAAGGACAUCAUCAUGCAUGGCCAGCGGACAAUUUCCGACGAUGCGCUCGGCAGUGAACCCGAACUGGCCGGCACGGUUCUCCCCGUUGCGACAACAGUCUGGGGUCUUGCAACGACAAGCGUACAGCCGACGCGCCUGGACGAAGUUGCCGCCGUAUUUCCACUCGUGUUCCGCAUUGGAGAGCCGAAGGAUCGAAGCACCGAUUCAGGGUUGGCAGAAUUUGUCCUUCGGCCUCACUUGAAGUCGACGGGCGACAAGCACAACGACGACACUCCACAGCCAGAGGUGACACUUGACGAGAUGCGGCAGCUGCUUGCCAGCGCACGAGGCCUUGAUGUGCGUGUGUCCGAAGAAGCAGCAAGCCUGAUUCGACGAUUCUUCAUUGCAUCGCGAAGGACACGUCGUGGACACCGGAUUCCACAAUCCAUCUUGAGCACGAUGUUGUCACUUGCCAAGUACCACGCUGCGCUCUGCCUUCGCACGGAGGCUGUGCUUGAGGACGCAGUCGUGGCCAUUUGGCUGCAGGAGGAAUCGCUGAUGAGCUCGUCUGGCGGCAUGAGCAUUGUUGGCAUGACGACGAGUGAUGCUUUGCACUGCGGGCUGAACGCGUUCCAAGGAGCAAACGAUGUGGAGCGACUCGGAUCUUUUGCUGACCGCAUGUUCCGUUUCUGCGCAAACCUCGUGGACGACGGGGACUUGCACUGACUGGCGCCUGAGCGCUGAGGUGCUGGCUUGUGUGUGCUGUGUGAGAGGGACUGUGUGCGUGUGUGUGUGUGUGUGUGUGUGU